CAGUAGUAUUACAUGGAUUAAAAUACAACCGCUGAUGAGGUGCCUUGAAUGUUCAUACAAUUUUUUUCGCGGGAAAUAAUGGCGGCUAUUCCAACUAUAAAGAAGCUUGACGAAGCUGUUGUUAAUCGUAUUGCAGCUGGAGAAGUAAUUCAAAGACCUGCAAAUGCACUGAAAGAAAUGAUAGAGAACUCACUAGAUGCAAAAUCUACAUCUAUAACGGUGACGGUGAAGUCUGGAGGAUUGAAACUUCUGCAGAUACAAGACAACGGAUGUGGAAUCAGAAAAGACGAUAUGGACAUCGUCUGUGAGCGCUUUACUACGAGCAAGCUCACGAAAUUUGAAGAUCUAAGUUCCAUUGCAACUUAUGGGUUUCGAGGGGAAGCACUGGCGAGUAUAAGCCACGUAGCUCACGUUACUAUCACCACAAGAACUGCACAAUCCAGCUGUGGUUACAAAGCGUCUUAUUCAGAUGGGAAACUUGUCUCACCACGACCUGGCAUGUCUGCAGAUCCUAAGCCUUGUGCUGGCAAUAAAGGCACCCAGAUCACUGUGGAGGACUUAUUUUACAACGUAUCAACGCGAAGAAAAGCGUUGAAAAGCCCCGGUGAAGAAUUCGCAAAGAUCGCUGACGUGGUCAGCAAGUAUGCUAUACACAAUUCCGGGGUCGCAUUCACUUUAAAGAAACAAGGGGAGAACAUGGCUGCUGUGAGAACUGCCAGUGGUGCGUCGAUUUUGGACAACAUUCGUACCAUUUACGGAACAACAGUUGCGAGAGAGCUGUUGGAAGUGAGCUGUGAAAACCAAAGAUUUGCUUUCAAAAUGCACGGUUACAUUUCCAAUGCAAAUUAUUCGGUCAAAAAGCUGCAGUUCCUGUUGUUUAUAAACCACCGUCUUGUUGACUCCUCGGCAAUGAGGAAGGCCAUAGAAUCAUUGUAUGAAGCUUACCUGCCCAAGAACAGCCAUCCGUUUGUGUAUCUAUCUCUGGAAAUUUCACCCAGCAAUGUUGAUGUCAAUGUCCACCCCACUAAACAUGAAGUGCAUUUCUUGCAUGAAGAUUCCAUCAUAGAAGCAAUACAACAAACAUUUGAAGAAAAAUUAUUGGGGGCAAAUUCAUCCAGGACAUACUUCACUCAAACUCUUCUUCCUGGAAUCUCUGUGACAGACACUUCUGCAGUUACAUCUGUUGAGGGAGAAAAAUCUAAUGGUGCAAAAGUUUAUGCUCAUCAGAUGGUGAGAACUGACAGCAGAGAACAAACUCUCCAUGCAUUCCUGCCUCCUAAAGAUCAUCCUGUCAAAUCAAAUGAAUCUAACAACAUUUCUCAGCUCUCCAGUGGUAGAAAACACAAAGCUAUUGCUAUGAACCAGAAUCCAUCUUCAACCAUUAUAAACCUUGAUGAGGAAUGUUCUGCUUCCCAUUCAGUUGAUGAGGACUUCUCUGAGCAGCCUGCAGGCUCAAAAAAGCCAAGAUUGGAGGAAAGAUCUGAAAAUGCAAGAAGUACCAGCAGUUCAGGAAUUUACCGAGAAAUUAGUCUGACCAGUGUACUGAAUUUGCAGAAGGCUAUAGAUCAGUCUGAACACAAGGGAAUGAAGGAGCUUUUUGAAGACCACAAGUUUGUUGGCUGUGUCAACAAGUCACUGGCUCUUGUUCAGCACAGCACAAAACUGUACCUUGCCAACAUCACAACCCUCAGCAAGGAACUUUUUUACCAAAUAAUCCUCUUUAAAUUUGGCAACUUUGAUUUUUUACGUCUGUCAGAACCAGCACCAGUGCUUGAUCUUGCACUGUUGGCUUUAGAUUGUGAGGAGAGUGGUUGGACAGAGAAUGAUGGCCCCAAAGAUGAGCUGGCAACCUACAUUGUUAACUUGCUGAAGGAGAAGAGAACAAUGUUGUUGGACUAUUUUUCUUUGGAAAUAGACAGUGAGGGUAAUUUGUUGACAUUGCCUGUUCUGUUGGAUGGUUACGUACCAAAUCUGAAUGGACUUCCUAUGUUUGUUCUUCGUCUGGCUACAGAGGUGGACUGGGAUAGUGAAGAACCCUGUUUUCGGAGCUUUGCACAGGAGUGUAGCAGAUUCUAUGCAUUUAAACCAGACCCUUUUCAGGCUGAUGACAACUCAUGUGAAGAUGACAAUGAGGGAAUUGAUGCUGCCAUGGCAAAACCAUCAUCAUCAUGCCAUUCAUGGCAGUGGACUGUGGAACAUGUGUUAUUUCCUGCCUUUCGAACUGGUCUUAUGCCUCCUUCCCACUUUUCAGAGGACGGAACUCUGCUUCAAAUAGCCAACUUGCCAGACUUGUACAAGGUGUUUGAAAGAUGUUAAUGACUAAGGUCAGCAUUUGAAAAAACUCUUGGGUUGUAAUAAUUUGUUUGGGUGCGGAGAUAAAUCAUUCUAGAAUUUGAAAAGUUAUUGGCUUGGAGUGUUAAAUGUAAUCCAAGAUUACUUUAUUUUGGUUUACUUUGCUCUGUGGUUGUACCAUUCUCUUAGCCAAUCAGAUGCAAGACUAAAACCAAUUAAGAACAGGUUGUUAGUGUUUUCCUGCACUUUAGGCAGUUUGGUUGUUUUUCCUUUGAGUUCUCAUUGGCACCUAAAGGUUUUUUCCUUUCUUCAGAUUGGUAGUUGUGAUUGCCUUGGGUUUGGUUUCAAUCAAAAAGUUCUCUAAUCAGCAAUUUAAUUCUUUGUGUUUCAAGAAUAUUUGGGUUUGAAUUGUUUGCCAAGUGCUCAUCAAAAAUCAUAACUGUUCUGGCAUAUUGAACAAGGAUUCAUCAGUCAAUACCUAAUUCUUACAGACUGAUCAUUUAAUUACAGUCUUUGUAAAUUUCAUACCCAACCUUCAUAUAUUUCACUACCAUUAUUUUCAUCUUAGUUUGGAAUUGAAACUGAAAAAACGUGCUCUUAUUGGGUGAAAACUUUGGCUUCAAAGCUUGAAAUUAUAGGUGAUAUUUUUUGGUAAACAAAUAUGCUGAAAACAAGGGGAAAAGGUAUUAAAUUAAGUUGUAAGCAUAGCAUUUUUUGUAAGUUUCAUGCAUAAAGAAACAAGGUAUAAAUUAAGUGGAAUGGUCUAUCAACCAAAAGUUUACCACCUUGGAGUUUGAUGUACAGUACCGCUCACGUAUACAUUAACCGAAAAAUGCAAAUUAAAUGUGCCAAAAAUCGCAUGCAAUUGCGAAUAAAAAAAAUCAUGCGUGUCAAAAAAUCGUACAUGAGUGCAUGAUUUUGAGACAUCAACAUCAUUAGUAUGUAUUUGCUGCUUUUUCAAACCUAGAGGUCCUUUGUUUCAUACAACAAUGAAAUACAAAGGAAACUUAUAGCACUGAAUAACAAAGGCACAUGAAUCACGCAUUUUUUUUGACCGUGCAUGCAAAAAAAUUGUAUAUACGUGUCUGACUACCCUGCGUCAGAGCAUAUGAAAUUCGUCUGCACAGUUAACGUAUACGCAAGUGGUUCUGUAAGAUCUUGAUGUUUGUUACACAGAAGGAAUGACUCAAGUACAUCUUUAAGUACGUGAGAACUGGCUCACUCAAGGAAUGUCUUUAUUUACUGAGUUUCUUUUUCUAUAUAAAAAACCCUCCGGGGCAGUGGAAAUUACCCCAAAUUACCCACUUCUCUUCUGCAUCAUGCAGUGCACUAUUUUUCUGACUAAGCUUCAUUUAAGGUGAAAUAGCUUUUAAUUUCCUACCAAAGAGUAUCUAAGCUUUUUUAUGGUACACAUAACAUAAAUAAAAUAUUAAAUUGUUUAUUCAUUUUAAUAAAGCAAUUGCUGUUGAUUGUCAAAUCAUUCAACAUAAUCUGCUGAUUUGCUGAAUACUCUCUCUUAGUAAACCAUAAAUCCCAUGAAAUGGAAAAUAUAUUCUACAU